AUGAGCAUUCAACAAGACCCUCCUCCUCCCCGGAUUCCACCCCAUGGCCACGACAUUAGUUACACUGCCUCCGAAAAACUCGCCUACCUUGACUCGGCAUUGUCAGAGCGAAUGGCUGGCAAUCCAUCUACUUCAUGGAUUCAGUCAGCCCAUCCCUCGCCACCGCCGCUCUCGCCACACCGCACAAAUUCACCCCUAACCUCCCUUCAACCAGCUGGCUGGGAAAAGUUUACCAGAGAAUACGGCUAUCCAACCAGAGCAGCCUCAAAUACCAUCACUCCACCCAUCCACUAUACGAGAGAAACCAAUUUUGGAAGAAGAAAUCAUGACAGUACAACAGAGACAAGUGCCAUUUUGGCUAGUUCUUUUGAAUCCAAAUCCAGGUACACCGAAAACAGGCAUGAUAUUCCUUCUCACCCUCUUGGGAUGACUUCAAGUGGUAUCCAGGAACCACGCAAUAUUACAGAACAAGCAAACAUACGCCAAGACAAGAUUUUAUUUUCCCCGGAUGAAGUUCAGGCACAACGUUCCCGUAGCUUUGCGUACGGGACACAAUCUUCUGUUAGCCGGGGCCAUUCCAAGCAGAUAAAACAACGACUUCCUCUUGUAUACCCUGCUCUUUUGUCUCGUGUUGCGCAGGAAUUGCGGCAUCGUGUUAUUCUGCGAGAUCGCAUUAAGAACAAUGUAGAAUACAAGAAUGCAUUUGAAGGAGAAGAAGCGAUAGAUAAGAUUGCCAUGAUAAUUCGCACAACCGAUCGAUGGGUGGCACUCCGCUUGGGACGAGCCCUGGGUGCACAGAGGUUCUUCCAUGAUGUCAAUUAUGAAAGUAGACUUGUCGACUCUACUACCGAGAUUUAUCAAUUCGAUUACCGUGUGUGCCAUUAUGGCGCUAGUGAAAGCCCAAUGGCUUCUCCGGGAACAUUAACUACAAGUAGUAGUAGUGCCAGCGAUUUCUUUAAUGAAAAUGCAUCAGUUGCAACAUCUCUACUUGAACUAACAGACCAGUAUGACGGUUUGCCUAACGGUGUAUUCACAGAGCUUACACACUGCUAUUCUUCAACUUGCCACGGGAGUCAACCUUGCUAUAGCUAUACGUGUCCAAAAAGGACAGCAAUGCGCAAGAGUGUGGACUAUGCUGGCAUGUCUCUAACCCGCACCAACAGCAACCCAUUUAUUCGACAGCAGUCGCAUAAAUUGUGGGCAGACAUAGUAGAUGAAGAAGUGUUGCUUUCCGUCUCUAGUGCAGAACGGAAACGCCAAGAGCAUAUAUACGAACUUAUUUACACAGAAGCCGAUUUUGUCAAGGAUCUGGAAUACCUUGAAGAAAUGUGGAUUAAACCCCUGCGCACCACAGACAUCAUCCCAAUCCUCAGUCGAGAAAAUUUUAUCCAAAAGGUUUUUUGUAAUAUCCUUUCAAUCCGUGACAUCAACGCACAGCUUGUGGAAGCAUUUAAUGCAAGACAAAAAGAGAGCCCUGUUGUAUCGCAAAUAGGCGAUGUUAUUCUUGAGUUUAUGGUCGAUUUUGAACCAUUUAUUAAAUACGGAGCUAGACAACACGAAGCAAAGUUUGAACUAGACCACGAGCGUGCUCAAACUGAAAGACAUCCGAGCUCAUCCAAGCUUGAGUUGAAUGGUUAUUUGACCAAGCCUACAACACGCCUUGGUCGUUAUACUCUAUUGUUAAAUGAUAUACUAAAGCACACCCCAGAUAAUCAUCCUGAUCGCGUGGAUAUUCCAAAAGCUAUAGAUUACAUUAAGCAGCUCCUGACACGCGUAAACACAGAGGCUGGCAAAGCCAAGAAUAGGUUUGAUCUCGAACGCAUUCACAAUAACUUAGCUUUUAAACAUAAGGCAGAUGAAAUGGAUCUCCAUUUGUUGGAAGACGGUCGUUAUAUUGUUAAGCAAAGCACGCUUCGAAAAGGAGUUCACCUGGAUUCAACAGAAUAUCAAGUCAUUCUCUUUGACCAUUAUUUUGUUGUGGCAAAGGUAAAACUUGUCCAGGGAAUCGAGCACUAUAUUGUCCAGAAAAGACCAAUUUCUGUCCAUUUCCUCUCCGCAUCUCCACCUGAAGGAAACCGGACCAAACGCUCGAGUUCAAUUAUACCUUAUAUACCCGGAGGUCCUUAUCCAAGUUUGACUCCCAACCUACAUAUGAUACGGAUUUCAUCUGAAUUGGCAAAUCCGAGUAUGCCCACCAGUCACACAUUGCCCACAGGUCUCAUUGCACCCAGCAAGACUGGCUAUCCCAUAAUAUUCCAUCAUCUCGGUAACAAAGGUACCGGAAGCUUCACAUUAUAUGCCUCUUCAAUGGCAACACGAAAACCCUGGAUAGAAAAAAUCCUUAAGCAGCAACUUGAGAAAAACCAGGUUCAUCCUGUGGUUGAAGUUGUACCAGCUAUCCCAGAGCGAGAGUUUUAUGUCGAUGUUAAGAUUAACCACAUGGUCACUUUUAACAGUGGUCAACAGUACUUGCUUGCAACAGAUAUCGGCGUUUAUGUGGGCCACACAUCUCGUUCAAAAACCCCCCACAAAAUUCUUUCGCUUUAUAAAGUUACACAGAUAGAGGCAUUAGAGACAGCACAGGUACUGCUUGUUUUGUCGGAUAAGAUAUUAUGGGAGUAUGGUCUCGAUGUUGUGAAUGGUAAACCCGAGACACAGCCACUUGGGCGAAAAGUCCAGACGCAUGUGCCAUUCUUUCAUGUGGGUACUUCUCUGAAUCGCAAACUCGUAUGUGUACCUCGGGUGUCUACUCUAAAGUCAACCAUAUCCAUAUUUGAGCCUGCAAACUCCCCAGAACUCAAAAAGCCAGGAAUCCUUGAUCGUAUUGUGCGUACACAACUGUCUUCAGAUCUCCAUCUUAAACGAUUUAAGGACUGCUAUAUACCAGCAGAAGCAUUAUCUAUUGAGCUGUCCCCCAGUAAGAUGCUUAUCACCUGUCCCCGUGGCUUGAUCAUGGUAGACAUGCGAACAGACAAGGUUCAACAUCUAUUGAAUCCGGGCGACAAGCACCUCAAAUUCAUCACUGAACGAGAAAGGGAAGAGUCGAAUUUACAACUGCGCCAACAAAUGAUACGUAUUGUCGUAUUUCCAGUACCUCUUGGAGAUUAUUUUCUCUGCUACGAUGUCUAUGGUUUUUAUAUUGAUAGCAAGGGUAACAGAACACGCAGAGAUUUUAUAAUCGAAUGGGAGGGACACCCAGAAUCUUUUGCAUUUAGUUAUCCCCACGUCAUUGCUUUUGAUCCAUCGUUUAUCGAAAUCCGCAACAUUGAAACGGGAGAGCUUGAGCAAGUCAUAAAAGGGAACAACAUACGCUGUCUCAGCAAUGGGCACAAGACUGAGCUUCCACUCAUAUUUGGUGUAAUGACUGAUCCACAGAAGGAUAUCUACCAAACAAUUUUCAACCUCAAACUACUUCCAGACCGUCCUUCAAAAUCCUCUAUAUAA